AACCGUCUUUCCCUCGAGGUAUCGGGGCUGCUUGGGCCCAGUGGAGGUCCCUGAGGACCGCAGCAGUGCCUUUGCCGCUGUUGCAGUAGGAGAAGGCUUGCAGUGGAGCCCUGGGGCCUGGGGACGGUCCUUUCUCUGCCAGCCCCCGCCCUCCCCACUCAGGCGCACACCUCCCUCACUGACGCAUUUUGCCGCACAAGCUGUAACAUGGCGGCAGCGACUGCGGCCUGAACUCUAGGGAGCCGGGUUGAUUUUUAAAGCUUCAAAAUCCUAAGACUGAGCACUGUUGCGGGGAGCACAGGGAUCAGUUGUCCUUGGUUUUUUUUGGUCUUUUCUUCAUUUGAAGAAUUUUUUUUCCAGAAAUUUGUGAAAGAUCUUUGCUAUUUUAGUCUGCUUGUCUGAAACUGUAAUUUACUCAUAGAUUAAGUAUUGGAGCCAUGGGAAUAAAGGUUCAGCGUCCUCGAUGUUUUUUUGACAUUGCCAUUAACAAUCAACCUGCUGGAAGAGUUGUCUUUGAAUUAUUUUCUGAUGUGUGCCCCAAAACAUGCGAGAACUUUCGUUGUCUUUGUACAGGUGAAAAGGGGACCGGGAAAUCAACUCAGAAACCAUUACAUUAUAAGAGUUGUCUCUUUCACAGAGUUGUCAAGGAUUUUAUGGUUCAAGGUGGUGACUUCAGUGAAGGAAAUGGACGAGGAGGAGAAUCUAUCUAUGGAGGAUUUUUUGAAGACGAGAGUUUCGCUGUUAAACACAACAAAGAAUUUCUCUUAUCAAUGGCCAACAGAGGGAAGGAUACAAAUGGUUCACAGUUUUUCAUAACAACGAAACCAACUCCUCAUUUAGAUGGGCAUCAUGUUGUUUUUGGACAAGUAAUCUCUGGCCAAGAAGUUGUAAGAGAGAUUGAAAACCAGAAAACAGAUGCAGCUAGCAAACCGUUUGCGGAGGUACGGAUACUCAGUUGUGGAGAGCUGAUUCCCAAAUCUAAAGUUAAGAAAGAAGAAAAGAAAAGGCAUAAAUCAUCAUCAUCUUCCUCCUCCUCAUCUAGUGACUCAGAUAGCUCAAGUGAUUCUCAGUCCUCUUCUGAUUCCUCUGAUUCUGAAAGUGCAUCUGAAGAGAAAUCAAAGAAAAGAAAAAAGAAACAUAGGAAAAAUUCCCGAAAACACAAGAAAGAAAAGAAGAAGCGAAAGAAAAGCAAGAAGAGUGCAUCUAGUGAGAGUGAAGCUGAAAAUCUUGAAGCCCAACCCCAGUCUACUGUCCGUCCAGAAGAGAUCCCUCCUAUACCUGAAAAUAGAUUCCUAAUGAGAAAAAGUCCUCCUAAAGCUGAUGAGAAGGAAAGGAAAAACAGAGAGAGAGAAAGAGAGAGAGAGUGUAAUCCACCUAACUCCCAGCCUGCUUCAUACCAGAGACGACUUUUAGUUACUAGAUCUGGCAGGAAAAUUAAAGGAAGAGGACCACGGCGUUACCGAACUCCUUCCAGAUCCAGAUCAAGGGAUCGUUUCAGACGUAGUGAGACUCCUCCACAUUGGAGGCAAGAGAUGCAGAGAGCUCAAAGAAUGAGGGUAUCAAGUGGUGAAAGAUGGAUCAAAGGGGAUAAGAGUGAGUUGAAUGAAAUAAAAGAAAAUCAGAGAAGUCCAGUUAGAGUAAAAGAGAGAAAAAUAACGGAUCACAGGAAUGUAUCUGAGAGUCCAAACAGAAAAAAUGAAAAGGAAAAGAAAGUUAAAGACCAUAAAUCUAACAGCAAAGAGAGAGACAUCAGAAGAAAUUCAGAAAAAGAUGAUAAAUAUAAAAACAAAGUGAAGAAAAGGGCCAAAUCUAAAAGUAGGAGUAAGAGUAAAGAAAAAUCAAAGAGUAAAGAAAGAGAUUCAAAACAUAAUAGACAUGAAGAAAAGAGGAUGAGGUCACGGAGUAAAGGAAGGGAUCAUGAGAAUGUUAAAGAAAAAGAAAAGCAGUCUGAUUCUAAAGGAAAAGAUCAGGAAAGGAGUAGAAGUAAAGAGAAGUCUAAACAGUUAGAAUCAAAGAGUAAUGAGCAUGAUCAUAGUAAAAGUAAGGAAAAGGAUAGACGUGCACAAUCCAGGAGUAGAGAAUGUGAUAUAACUAAAGGUAAACACAGUUAUAAUAGCAGAACAAGAGAACGAAGCAGAAGUAGGGACAGAAGCAGAAGAGUGCGAUCAAGAACCCACGACAGAGAUCGCAGCAGAAGCAAGGAGUACCAUAGAUACAGAGAACAGGAAUACAGGAGAAGAGGACGGUCACGAAGCCGAGAGAGAAGAAUGACACCAGGAAGAUCAAGAAGUAAAGAUAGGAGGAGAAGGAGGAGAGACUCACGGAGCUCAGAGAGAGAAGAAAGUCAAAGCAGAAACAAAGAAAAAUACAGAAACCAAGAAAAUAAGAGCUCACACAGAAAAGAAAAUUCUGAGAGUGAGAAAAGAAUGUACUCUAAAAGUCGUGAUCAUAAUAGCUCAAAUAAUAGCAGGGAAAAAAAGGCUGAUAGAGAUCAAAGUCCCUUCUCAAAAGUAAAACAAAACAGUCAGGACAAUGAAUUAAAGUCCUCUACAUUGAAAAAUAAGGAGGAUGAGAAGAUCAGAUCCUCAGUGGAAAAAGAAAACCAAAAAUCAAAGGGUCAAGAAAAUGACCAUGUACAUGAAAAAAAUAAAAAAUUUGAUCAUGAAUCAAGCCCUGGAACAGAUGAAGACAAAAGUGGAUGAGUGAGUGAUAUAAACUUCAUUCUGUUUUGAAUUUUAAGUUUGAGAGACUUGCUAAUCUUCUUUAUGUUGUUUUCCUUUUCAUUGUUUUUGGGUUGUUUUAUGUUUGUCCUUUUUUUUCUUAAUGUGGAUUUCAUUGAGUUGAUCUUUUGAUAAUCUGCAAUGUGGAUAAUUUGUACUGCUAAAGUUUUAAUAAACUUGAAAUGAGAAAAACACUUUGGUGUAGUACUGUGUGCUGUGUUUAACUAUUUUAUGUAUGCAUUACUGUGUUGCAACAAUUAGCCAAUAGCAUCCUAAUUUGUUUAGUCAGCCAUUUGGAAUGGUUGCAAUGCAUUGUUAGAAAAGCUUGUGUUUCUCAUGAUUAAAGUAACUUUAGAAGCCACUAGAAGACAUCUUGUAUAGAUUUUCUGAUUGUGUUAAUAAUAGAGGUUUGCAGCGGUUUCUUUUAAUUACACAGAAGCGGGGUCUUAACCUGAGAUCUUAAGUCAUAACUUUUGAUUUUAUAGUAAUUUGUGCUUUAAAUAGAUGUUUAGUUAUUUAUAUUGCACUUCAUACUCUAUUCUUUAUAGUUUUAGCCAUAGCUUGUUUCCUAUUAAUGCUUUUCCUGUCUAGUUGUGUUUUACUUAACUGCCUAUAAAAAUCAUAAGAGUAAUUUUUUUCAGUUGAUAUACUGAUUGAGCUUGAGUUGCUGUUAUACAGCAUUUGACAGAAACUAUACCUUGGAAAAUGAGAUUGUGAUUCUCAAUUCUGUGUUGCUUUUGGUUUGAAGAGUUUUGGGAACGUUUUAAUUGUUAUUACCCUUCUCUAAAAUUUAAAAAAAGAAAAAAAGCUUUUCUCAUUAAAACAUACCAUUUGCGCAGGUCCUUAAGCUAUACAGAUUCUAAAAAUUGUUAGUAUUGAAGCAUUACCUUCUAAGAUUUCUCUUUUUUGGCCUCCAACUUAUAUAGAGUUGAGUGUUAACUCUGCAUGGAUUUUGUUUCUUUCUUUUAAUUGAACUGCUCUAACUCUCAUAGCUAGUUCCAAGUGGCAAGAAAAUGCAUCUUUUCUAUAUAUGUAUCACGAUAGGCUAUAGCAUGUUUAUGACUCUGGUUUCUUUCUAUUCAGGUGGUUUUAUACCAUUACUAUUAAUGUUAUUUUAACUUGGCAUGUAUAACAUUGCCAUAUAGAGUAGAGUAGAAAGUUGCAAAUUUUGAUAGUUUACAGAGUUAAACACUAAACAUAUCCAAAGUCCAUUUAGAGUUUUGGGUGUUGUAUUUUGCCAUUUUUGUGAUGUGUGGCCUUUUAUUCUGUAAUGUCAUUUCUAAAUAAAACAUUGAACAUCCAGCAAACAUAAAACCUGCCUCAUUUGAAAGGAAAUCUCAAAAUUCCAAUUAAUAGUAUUCUCUAGAGAGUUUUAUACUUUAGUAUUUGUCAGUGUAGUGUCAACUCUGUUACCAAGAUAGCUUCUUGGUAAAUCCGGUAGCUACUCAAUGCUAUUUGUACUGAAUAAAGCAGUGCUUAACAUGAUACUUCCCAUUAUUGAUUAAUGCAAUAUUGAUAUAUUUGGCGUUGUGGUAGCUGUUGCAGAAUGAAUAGUGUAAUGACCAUAAGAUUGCUUGGAAAAUUGUAAUACAGAUAUCCACAAUGAAUUCUUCCCAAAUUUUUUUUUCUGAUGAUAAAAGUUGUAGAUGUUUAUUAUAAUCCAGGGUGAUUGAUUCCUUAGAGACUGACCACAAACCCACAUUAGGGAUAAUUGAGUCUGAGUGCCCAAGCUAUAUAACAUUACGUAUUUUAAGCAAGUUAUUGUUCGUCCUAAUUUCAGUUAACUGCAUUUUAAAAUUGUUGUUAUAAACUAUUUGAGCUUUAAUAAAGGUGCUAUUUAAGAAAGGAUUUCUAAUAACAGUUAAGUCCAUGCUAAGUAAAAAUUCUUAUAUGUUGUCUGAUCCCAGAGCUUUAUCUAAAAAUUAUACACAAGGAUGUCCAAAUCUUAGAGUUUCAAAAAGGAACAAUAGGGAGAAAAUUGUAGUAAUUUCUAUAUGCAGUAUUCUGUUUGGGUUAUCAAAAGAGCAACUCCAUGCUCUGCAUUAUUGAUAGUCCUUAUUUUAAAGUUUUAUUAGCUCUCUUAACAGAUGUGAAGGAGUUGAGAGAAGGACAAUCAACUAGAUUUUAUUUUUAGAAUAUAAACAUUUUUUAAGUAACUAAACAGCAUUAACUGUACCUCAAGAUCUGCGCAUGCAUCUGAAUAGCACAUGGCUCAAAUGGUCCUUUCCUUUUGUUACUAAAUCCUUUCCUUUUGUUACAUUUAGUAGUUGUGCCAUCUUCAGUUUUUGCUUUGAACAUUGUUUUCCUAAAAGUCAACUAUUACUUUCCCAUCAAGUUAGUUUUAUAGUUAUGUCUGAAUUUAUGGUUCAUGUCAAAGUAUCUUUGACUUAAUAUCCUUUUAAAAAUAUUUAAGCUGAUGUAUUUCUAUUGCUCAGUUGGUGAUAGCUGAGAAAACUUUUUCAGUAUGUAGAAUUUUCAUGGUUAUUUUGUAUGAAUUAUUUUUCUGGGUAAGCCAUCUGCCACAGAAAUUGACACUAUGGUGAGAUUAAUGUUAAUGAAAUAAGCAGUAGAGAAGCUACUGGAUUGCUUUAAAACAUUCUUUGAUUAAAUUACUCUAUAGUUGGUAAGUUCAUAGAGCAAUGUAGUUUUCUUUCAAGUUACUUAAUUGAAGCCCUCAAAAGUUGCAAAGAAUUUAUCUGAUAAAUCUGCCUUUGCACAAGUGUGAUACUGAUGCAUGGAUGGCUUUGCUGAAUGGCCUUUGAUAUUUGUGCCUAGUGGAAGGUAUGGAGGUAAACAAUUAAAGAUCUCUUCAUUAUGGAUAGGCACACAUUGGAUCUCUGGUAUUUUGGGUGUAUUUUGGGUAGUGGUAUUAACUUGACAAUUCUAAUUUAUUUUAGUUAGUAUAUGUAGCAAGUUAGUAUGUUUCUUAGUAGUUUAUUGUACUUCAUUCCAGUUAGUAAUAUAGUUUUCAUCACAUUAAACUUUUUAUGCUGAAUUUCUGUAGAAGCUUGUUGAGUUUGCCUUCACCAGAAGGUACUUUAAAUACCUACCAUAUAGCUGAUUUGUUAUAAAGAAACAAAAUGGGUAUUCUUUUUCCUUUUGAUUAUGUUUACUGUAAUUAUUUCAUUUUGGAUUAAUACAUUUACAACUGAAUAAACUAAGGAUUAUAGGUUGAUAAGCUGUUUAUUGUGAAAAGAUGUGUUUUGUUACAAAUACUUGUUUUAAAAAUUAAUAAGCCCCAGGAAGUACAGCAUUGACUGGCACAACUGCCCACAGUGGGCUUCCCAACUAACUGCCUUCAGUGGAUUCAGGCAAGUGCAAAGUCUUUGGCCUGUUAUGUGACGAAGACGUAUAUAUUAAAGGAAAAGAAAAAUGACAUGAAUAAGAAAAUUCCAUCAAUAAGGUUGAAGUAGGGAGUUGUUGAGGGGUUUGGUUUGUUUUAAAAGUUAUGGGAAGGAGUGGUGGGGUGGAUUUGUGUUUGACUUUUUUUCUUUAAGCAAAUUCCAUAUGUUACCAAAAGCACAUGCUGUAUAUUUUCUUCCCCUUUUGUGUGUAUAUAGUAUUUUGAAAGAUAAAUGAAUUGGGUAUUUGUAUGUGGGAUGUACAAAAUUGUGGCCGCUCUCUUUGUGGAAGGAAAAAAACAUAAAUGAAGUUCAUGCACUUCUUUUCCUAGCCCAGAAGUCACUGUGAUUAUAUUUUUUUAAUGAAAUUUAGAAAUAAAGCUGUUGUCUUCUUAAUUGUAAAAUUAGUUUCAAAAUGCUGCUUCUCUUAUCAUUAGUCUAGUAAUUGUUGAACUGUUUUCUGCAAACUGCAUUUUACAAAAUUUAAACUUGGAAGCUGUAUUAACUUUUAUAGUUAAACAUUGUAUUAAAUAAACUAUACUAUAAUAAA